GGGGCGUGUCCACGCCUGCGCAGCGGUGCGCUCGUGUUGUUGAUGUUCCGGCGGCCGCAGUCGGUCCUGGUCGGUUCCCGGCGCUCGGAGCCGCUGAACUGCCCGGCCCAUCCCCACCCCGCCGGGCCCAGCCCCGACCGCGGGUAUCUGCAGCGCCGGAGUCCCUGGGGCGAGCGCGCAGAGGCAGCAGGCGGCUCCUGCCCAUGAGGGCCUGAUGGAAAACACAAAGGAGCGGAGUCUCCCCUCUUGUGUGAAACCCCCUGGGGAAGAGGCUAUGGACAAAACCAUUGGCAAACAGCAGAAACUGGCUUCAGACAAAAUGCUGUCAUACAUAGCAAAUGAAGAGACAGGAAAAAACAUUUCUGUAAUUUUCCAGCAGAGAUUUUACUUAUAAUAAGAGUGGAAGGCACAUUUCCAGAUAGAGGACCUGCAUCUGCUGUGAGGAGAUGCUGCUUCAGACAGACAAGGUGUUGCUGUCAUCUGUGAAGCCUAAAAGGACUCAUCAAGAAUUGCUUGUCCUUCACAUGCCUAGAAAUGACUUCCAACAUUGUUCUGUUACCUCAUCAGGGAUGAGGCUCUUUGAUCUGUCAUUUCCUGGGCUCUCCUUUUGCCUUUUCCGAAGAUAGGAGGGGUAACAGCAAAGGGAGAGAGAAUGUGUGCAUAAGACAGAACAUAGUUCGCGAGUGGAAAGGAAACGCCGAGACUCGUUCGGGAUGUUUGACGGUUAUGAUAGUUGUAGUGAGGACACCAGCAGCAGCUCCAGUUCAGAUGAAAGUGAGGAGGAGGUUGCUCCUUUGCCAUCCAGUCUCCCAAUUAUCAAGAACAAUGGGCAAGUUUAUACUUAUCCAGAUGGCAAAUCUGGGAUGGCUACAUGUGAGAUGUGUGGGAUGGUUGGUGUCCGGGAUGCUUUUUACUCUAAAACCAAGCGCUUCUGCAGUGUGUCGUGCUCCAGAAGCUAUUCCUCCAACUCCAAGAAGGCCAGCAUUCUGGCCAGGCUUCAGGUAGCGGGUAAACCUCCAACAAAGAAGGCUAAAGUUCUACAAAAACAGCCCUUAGUGGCUAAAUUAGCAGCAUAUGCCCAGUACCAAGCAACUUUACAAAACCAGGCAAAGACAAAAACAGCAGCUGUCCCUGUGGAAGGUUUCAGCUGGGGUAACUACAUCAAUAGUAAUAGCUUUACAGCAGCUCCUGUUACCUGCUUUAAACACGCUCCCAUGGGGACUUGCUGGGGUGAUAUUUCAGAAGGAGUGCGAGUGGAGGUUCCAAACACUGACUGCAGCCUACCUACCAAAGUCUUCUGGAUAGCUGGAAUUAUAAAAUUAGCAGGCUACAAUGCUCUGCUGAGAUAUGAAGGAUUUGAAAAUGAUUCAAGUCUUGACUUCUGGUGCAACAUUUGUGGGUCUGACAUCCACCCAGUUGGUUGGUGUGCAACCAGUGGGAAGCCCUUAGUUCCUCCUCGCACCAUCCAACACAAAUACACAAACUGGAAAGCUUUUCUAGUGAAACGACUUACUGGUGCCAAAACACUUCCUCCUGACUUUUCUCAGAAGGUGUCUGAGAGUAUGCAGUACCUGUUCAAAACUUCCAUGAGGGUAGAAGUAGUGGACAAGACGCACCUCUGCCGGACAAGGGUGGCAGUGGUGGAUAGUGUUGUUGGGGGCCGUCUGAGGUUGGUGUAUGAAGAGAGUGAGGACAAAACUGAUGACUUCUGGUGCCAUAUGUACAGCCCACUCAUUCAUCAUAUUGGUUGGUCUCGAAGUAUAGGACACAGGUUCAAAAGAUCUGAUAUUACAAAGAAACAGGAUGGACAUUUUGAUGCACCCCCACACUUAUUUAUGAAGGUAAAAGAGGUUGAUGCAGCUGGAGAGUGGUUUAAAGAAGGAAUGAAAUUGGAAGCUAUAGACCCCCUAAACCUUUCAGCAAUAUGUGUGGCAACUAUCAGAAAGGUGUUAGCAGAUGGCUAUCUUAUGAUUGGGAUUGAUGGCUCAGAAGCAGCAGAUGGGUCUGAUUGGUUUUGUUACCAUGCCACUUCCCCUUCUAUUUUCCCUGUUGGUUUCUGUGAAAUUAACAUGAUUGAACUAACUCCACCCAGAGGUACAGGUUAUGCAAAACUCCCUUUUAAAUGGUUUGACUACCUCAGGGAAACUGACUCAAUAGCUGCACCAGUAAAGCUCUUCAAUAAGGAAGUUCCAAACCAUGGGUUUCAUGUUGGCAUGAAACUGGAGGCAGUAGAUCUGAUGGAGCCUCGCCUGGUGUGUGUGGCCACAGUGACGCGCAUUAUUCACCGGCUUCUGAGGAUACACUUCGAUGGGUGGGAAGAUGAAUAUGAUCAGUGGGUGGAUUGUGAGUCCCCGGAUCUGUAUCCUGUGGGAUGGUGUCAGCUCACUGGAUAUCAGCUCCAGCCUCCAGCGCCGCAGUCAUCAAGAGAUAGCCAGUCAAGUUCGUCCAAACAGAAGAAAAAAGCUAAAUCACAACAGUACAAAGGACAUAAGAAAAUGACUUCAUUACAACUGAAGGAGGAGUUGCUGGAUGGUGAGGAGUACAGCUUCCUGCAGGGAACGUCUGACCAGGAGAGCAAUGGCUCCGCCAGCUACUACAUCAAACAGGAACCCUGAGGCAGCUCCCAGGAGUGAGGGGCCCAGCAUCGGUGAUAGGAAAAGAACUUUUCACUGAGACUGAUUCUGUUCCCACUUGGAUGGUGCAGUUCAGGUGACUGUGCCUGGGGUGCUUUGCUAAACGUAGAUGAAUUAGACUCAGUUCAGAAUUUUUUGGAAGGGCGCGGAAACUAUUUUAGUGAAAAAGAUUUUUCAAUUUAUUAAAAACAAAAACAAAGGACACUUUUGUGUUGUAUUUGAAGCUUUUGAAAGAAUUUUGUAAUAUUUUCAAGUUCAGAUUUAUUGUGCAUUGUUAACAAGAACUGAAAUUCUAAUUUUUUUGUAAGAUUAAAGUUUAUUUAGCAUGAUUGUGGGAAGCCGUUGGAGGAAGAUAUAGUUGCAAAUACAAAUGAACUGUCAUAACAAAUGAACCUUUUUGGUACAAGUUGGGAGACUGUUAGACUCUUGUGAACUGCACUGGUCACGCCUCUGGUUUUUUAAUUGUGAAAAUAAGGCUUUAAAGCCCUGAUUUAAAGGCAUAAAUUAUAUAUGGAAGACAGUCCUGUGAAGCUCUACUCAGUGAGUAGCCCCAAGUGCAACGGAGUCAUCGCCUGAGGAAGAUUUUACCUUUUCAAGGUGUUUUUAUUUAGUUAAAAUACCCUUUUUUAUAUAAGGUUUUUGGUUUUUUAACAUUCUUUAGGGUCUGAUUCACUGCCCAUUAAUAUCAGUAGCCUUGUCUCCACCAACCACAGUGGGCAUUGGAUGAGGUUUAUAAAGCUCUUGUCUGUAUAUGCAUGUCUGUAGUCUUGGAAUGCUUCAGCAAAUGUUUACAGAGUCCUAUACCAAACUGGAACUUCAGAAAAUUCUGUCGUUGGAAGAUUAGUUGUAGCUCUGAAUUUUGACUGAAGAAGCAGUUUAGAUGGACAGUCACUAAGGAUUCCCUUGGUAGUGGGAAGGAACUUGUGAGUAUUCUUGUGAUUUUUAUUUUUUUUCCCCAUUCAGAAAACCCUAAGUGUUUCUUUACCAUCUUAAAUAUUUGUCUGUGAUCAUUCAGAUGUGACACAUGGUUUCAGGUGACCUGAAAGGAGCCCUACAUUGUGGAUUAAAAAUUAGUUCAGUCCUGCAUAGCCUGCAAUAUUCAUGUCUUGCUGCAAUAGUGUAACACAGGAGUUGAGAACAGUAUGAAAAUCACAUGGUUUUAGUCUAUAAUUCAUAAACUGGAUUUGCCUAUUGCUUGGAAUUCUUGUCUCAUGUCAAGCAUCCCAUUGGCCCCAACUGGUCAACUUCCAGAUUUUUACAAGGCAAAAGUCACAUAAAAGGGUGAAAAUGAUGACCAUUUAAACACAAAGUAUUUUUGCAGGAGCUCUUAAUAAUUUGGAUUUUAUCUUUCCGUAUUUUUAACUUUUGUAUAUUUUUGUAAAUGGAGUUGAUGAGUGAGGUGGUUCAUCAGCCCUGCAGAGCUGUGACUGAAAGAAUGUGCAUCAAGAGCUUUAGCCUUUACCAGUAAGGUUCAUUAACUAAACUCUCAGGAAUUAUAAGUUCUGUAAGUGCUUCUGGGUCUUCACAGGUCCCCUUCAGACCAGUACAAUGAUCAUCUGACUCUUGACCAGAAAUUAAGGCUUAAAAAAAAAAAAAUUGAUAAAAAAUUAUAAACAUCUGUAUCCUACAGCCUAAGAAAUGUUUUAAGGAUAUCAACCCUCAGAGCCCUGGGAUACCAUUUCUUGUAUAUUGUUGUUUGAGCUUAAAAAAAAAAAAGUGCAUAGAAAGUUGAAAACCAGCAAUUUGAUUAUUUUCUAACAUAUUGCUCCAACUUUGGGUACAUAGUAUUAGUGAUAUACACAGGUUUACCUCAUUCUAUGCAAGAGGGGUUAAUUAUGUAAAGUUUUGUAUUUACUACAGGAAGUAAAACGUGCUGUAUAGUGUAGGAAUGUCUGGAAUUCUUUCCUCCCUUACUGGUAAAAUUUCUUAAAUUACGACCUGUUUUUAGCAACAGCUUCUUCUGUUGACGGAAUCUGUUAAUCUGAUUACAAGAAUCUAUAGCUUCAGGUGGUAAAGACAUUUUAGCUCCCUAAAAUGGCCAUAAAAAGAACUUUGUUGGACCUGACAGUCUUCAAAUAGCUUAUCUCAGAUUCUGACCCACCCAUAAUGUUUAUUUUGAACAUCAAAAUAAACAACAGCCUAGAUUGGAGAACUAGGAUUAGAGACCAUUGUAAUGACAGUUUGAGCCUUGCUUGUUUUCCUGUGUUCUCAAUUUAAUCUGCCAUAAAAUCCAGCUCUGCAAGCAUUGAUUUCAUUUGGUAAGUAUAGCACUAUUGAUUUUUUUUUUUUUUUUUUUUUUUUUUUUUUUUUUUAAUGCAACAACUUGCAGGCUGUCCCAACAGCUGGAAUAAGAUUCUCAGAGUCUUGCUUUCUUCUCUCAUCAACAGCUUCUGACUUCAGUAGAAAAACUGUUGCAUUAAUAGUGCGUCAUAAUGUAGAGGGUUGGGCUAGUUAGUAAGUGAGGUGCAUUGCCUGGUCACUAAACUGAGUAUUGCCCCAGCUCAUCCCUGAUUUCAGAGUCAGUCUUCAAAUGUCAAGAGGGAAAAUUAGUCCUUAACACUUCCUGUGUUGGGAGAACUAUAAGAAUCUGUUCUAAAGUCUGUCAGUCUUUAUAGUAUUCUGUUAUUCAUCAAACACUAAAGUCUGUGAGGUGAUGUAUGUUCUCAGGUACCCGUGUGACUUCAGCAGUUGGUGAAAUGCCUUUUGUGUCUCUGGGUUCAUAAUAUGCCUCAGUUGUGUAAUUGUCAAGUACAGUGACGUCUGUGCUAAGCAAACCAUGGAAGGAGCUGCUGGAAGUCACUUGCUCAGGGAAAACCUGAGCAAGGUGCUACUAGGGAUGUGAUCCCCACAGAACCUGAGGGGUGUCCAUGGCAGCUCCCUGGCUUUGCAAAGCAUUCCUGUGGCUCUGGGAUGUUUCUCAUGGCUUUCAAGCUGUGGUACCUGCCUGAGGGAGCAGCAACUGUUGGACACCUAAAACCUUCAAUGGGGUUGGACUAAUUCUGGCAUUUGGCACAGCAGGUUUUUCUGACCAUGAAGCAGCCCAAGCCCUGUCCGUGACUUGGCUGCUGUUCUUCUUGUUCCAGAUCUCUCUGAUGAUCUUUGAUUAUUACACUAUUUUCAGUAGAACUCUCUAACCUGUUCCUUGCUGCAUCUAAGGAAAGCUACAGCAGUUACUGAUUCCUUGUUCUACAGAUACUAACACGGGUUUCAGUGUUUGUUUUGGGUUUUUUAUUGUUGUUUUCUGUGAUGUGAAUACCCUCCCUUGAUCUUUGUACGAUGGUGCUAAUACAUUUGGUAACAAUCCUUUAUUGGGAAGGGAUUUUAAAAAACUGUGAUUUCAGCUGAAUUUUUCUUUUGAUUUUUUUUUUUCAUAUUUAAAAUGAAAAACCACAGCCAUUUAUACAAAAAAGGCAUCAGCUUUGGCCCCUGGGAAAAUGUUGGGGCAGGAAUCAAGAAUAAACAAAUGGGUUUUUACGUAAUUUCUGUAUGUAUUUGAUAUAUAGAUCAAUAUCUGUAUAAAUUUAAUCUUUUACUUUCUUGGUAAUUUGUGUGGUCAGUGAGGGAGUAUUUAAAGCUUUCUCAUGCAAUGUACAUAACUCAGUGGAAAAAUGCUUUUGGAAAAAUUAAUGUUACUUUCAUUUUUACAACACUGCAGAUUUUCAGCAUGGAUGUGAAAAGCAUUAAAAUCAUAACUUUGUGUACAAGAUGAAAAUAAUUCACUAAAUUUGCCUUUUUUACACAAAAUAAAAAUGAUUAAAAGUC